AGGUAAAUAUAAUUGUGUGAUGGGAAAGGAUAUUUAAUUAUAAAAAUGACAAUAUAUAAACACAAGUGGGAGGAAGAGUAGAAGGUAAUGUUAUAAUGAUGGUAGCGUGGUUAUAGCAACCAACACAAGUGUGUGUGUGGCUAUGGAACGAGUCACAUCAUCCACCACUGUCCCACUCGAUUACCGUCGUCGUCGUCACUUGAUAGACAACAACUUUUAAAACUCCAUGUUCACUCCAACCAGGUGACGACGAAUUGGAUCGCCACUUUUACGCGGGUCAAACUCCAUUCAUUUGUUUAUACAACAAUGAACCCCGGUUGCUCAUUGCUAUUCAUUCCGAACUAGAAAGAAAUUCGCUGAGAUUUUUACUAACACACAUCUACGUCAAUGUCUUUUUUGUUUGGUCACCAGUUUUAAAGCUUGGACAACAUCGACAGAAUUUCAUUGAAGUUUUCUGUUAUCAGGAAAAGGUUAUGCUCGAAAGCUGAAUUACUAAAUGUGUUGAUAUAAAAACAAACCAUGUCUCAGGCCAAGCUACGUGCAUUGCAACAGUGGUGUAAGAACAGGUGUGAAGGCUAUCGUGAUGUUAAAAUUACAAACAUGACAACUUCAUGGAGAGAUGGACUGGCAUUCUGUGCACUUAUUCAUCGUUUUCGACCAGAUUUAAUAAACUUUGAUUCUCUUUGCAAAGAAAAUGUCUAUUACAACAACAAUCUGGCUUUCACUGUUGCUGAACAACUUGGAGUCACUGCUCUCUUGGAGGCUAAAGAUAUGGAAGAACUCAAAGUCCCAGACAAACUUAGUAUUAUCACCUAUGUUGCAAGUUUGUACAAUUACUUCAAGGACAAAGAAAAAUUGGGUGGCCCAGACGUACAAAAAUGUAAAUCUCAUAUAUCGAUUGGAAUGAAGCGACACCCGGACAGUGACCCUUAUGACAAGUUUGAACCGAAGAGAUUAACACCAAGUAAAGAAGAUAACACGAAAAAGGGUAGUUCCACUCCAACCAAGCAGCCUUCGGGUGGCGAUUAUUGUGUACUGUGCAAGGACAAAGUGUAUCUUAUUGAAAAACAUAUUGAAGACGGUAACUUGUAUCACAGAUCCUGCUUUAGAAAAAGUUAUAUGUCACCUACAAGUAAAAUUUUAACUGACUAUUCCACACAAAAACAAACCACCACACCAUCACCCAUCACAAUAAACUCCAUUGAUAAAACCACUUCAAAUAAUAUGGAUUCGAGUAAAAAUGAUCCUUCUGCAAAUGCGAAGUCACUAAGAUUAAAGGGUAAACUCUUUGACAAAAAGAAAGAUCAAGUUCAGAAAGCAGAAGAACGCCUCAGAUCAGAUAAACAGUACAAGAAAGAAAUGGAAGAAGAACAGAUGAUUAACAAUGGAAGAAAAAAUUCUUCUUCAGCAUUAAAGGCUCAUUUAAAGGGAAUUGAUUCCAGCACAAAAAAAUCUUCAACAAAUUUACCUGAAAAUUCUUUUCCUCAGCAUGAAAACCGUUCUAGUUAUAAUUCUGAGAAAACUUUUCAGACUUCACCUUAUAGAGACUCUAAUCUCCAUGAGAGAUCUGAUAGUCAAAAACGAGAGACAAAUGACUUGACUUUCUCUACUGUAUCAGUAAAAUCUGCUGCAAAACCAGAAUCAGAUCCUUCAUUAGAUACGCCAAUGCUCAUGAAAGAAGUCUCUAGUCGGACAAUGGGGGAUAAAAAAAUGCAAGCAACUAUGCAUCACAAAUCUGUUUCAAAUUUAAAAGACAACAGUGAACAAUACGUAGUCUCAGGCUUGCUGAAAAGCUUGGCUGGUAUUCGACAACGCCAGAGCACCAGUUCUUCACCUACUAAUAGUGAUCCCCCAUCACCACUGCCAACAGAGCCAGCUGUGCCGAAUAUUAAACUGUCACAAACCUCAACUUCCACAGUUACCAAUUCUUCAACCAUCAAAUCCUUAUCGGGAGAUAACUCACAGAAUUUCAAGAAUCCUCAUUUACACCUUAAUAAAAGUAAGACAUCUUUGAUCAAUUCAACUGAAAAAGAAUCUGAUGUGAUAACUGCUCAUACAAAUCAUCAAAACAAGCCACAGGCUGCCUUAAAUUCUUCAUCAAAGUCAGAACAAGAAAGUACCAAUUCAACGUCUACAGCCUCAAGUUCAUUCACCCCUAGAAAGCAAACCAGAGCAUCUCUUAGAGUACAGCUUCCAAGUAUUCAGCAAAGAAUUAAAGAUUAUUCUAAAGUUGCCCCAGGCAUUGGUGAUCAACCAACAGAUUCCAAGAAACCAGAUGAUGUUGCAAAAUCUGAUAAAAACAACGUACCUCCACCGUCUUUUCCUUUAAGUACCAUAAUGAAAAAUGAGCAAAAUUUGAAACCACAUCAAGAGAUUAAUAGAGGACACGUGGCUAUGGACAUACCUUCUUCUGGUGGAAUUACUGCUGCCAGCUCUAAAAAUAAUUUUGAAAUUUCUAAGACUGUGAAACCUAAUGCUUUGUCAGAAUCUGCAGCAGACAUACAUUCAACUCAUUCUGCAGGAAAAUCCCUGGUAAAACCCAGAGGAAAACAUUUAGGAAACGAUGAUGCAAACAGCCCAGCUUCAGGUGUUAUUACAACUAAAUUGCACCCUGGGCAUAUGUCUCCUGCUAACAAAGGCUCUCUUACUAUUAUUGAUGAUCGAGUUAAUCCUAUACCAAAGCCUCGGCGUGAGAAAAUAGGUUUAAGAACUGAGACAGCCAAAGAAAACAAAGAAAAUCCGUCUGCACUUAAAACGAUUCCAGAGGCAUUUGAAAGAAUUGAGACACCUCAUUCUGAACAAAACACUAAAACGGAAGUCAAAACAGAAUGGCAACUCGAGGCUGAGCGGCGAAUUGCAACGAGAAAGGUGGAAGGCUAUGUUGAUCCAGAAGUUAAACAUUUGAAUGUGAAUAACAAUAGAAUCUCCCAAAAUAGUCAAAGCAAUGGAGAUGUCAAUGAAAGUGUCAGUACUGGACAGAGGAGAAGAAUUCCAGUCACACGGACUUUUACAUUUACUAUCAACGAUACUUUACCAAACCAACCAGAAACUUCUCUUAAAAGUGAUACGAAGAAGAAAACAUUCACCUCUUCUGAAAUUCCUCUUGAAGUGGUUGAUAUUGAUGCUAAACUAAGAGAACUUGAAUUGAAAGGUCGUCAGUUAGAAGAUAUCAUUAGAGCAACAAUAUGUGAUGAUGAAUAUGACAGAAAAAUGACAGAAUGGUUUAACAUUAUCAAUGAAAAAAAUGAACUUGUCAGGAAAGAACAUUAUUUAGUUUUCCAUCUUGAAGAACAAGAACUUCUGAAGGAGCAAGUUCACAUUGAUCAUGAACUCCAAGAACUCCAAAAUUCACAACCUCUCAUAUCAGAAGUACCAAAAUACAAGCCUUUAGGAAUAGCCAACUGUCCUCCACUGCAUAAGGUCUUUAUCUCUUUUCCAUAAUGACAUUUGUCAUUGCUUUGUAGAAGCCUCUCAUCACGACGACAACUUUCAGCACCUCACUUUUGGUCUGGAAUUUUUUUCCUUAUUCUUAUCCUCCAAGAUCACUACCACCUUUUGUUCUUAUCACUUGUCUCCAAGUAUUACAUCCUAUGCUUGUCCAUCCAACCAACCAUUUUCUCCACCCACUAUUUCUGGGAUGGUCAUGGGAGCAGAAUUCUCGGGCACCUCCUCCAUAGGGCCCGCUCACAAGCAACAGUCAGUAGACAUUCCAGAUUCUUAAGCAUGACCAACCGAGACUUGGGAUAUUAUCCAAACAUCUUCUUGGCCAAUCUCUAGGUUUUCUCCUGAUUGGCUUUGUUUGAAGAAUCUUACAGUCCUUCCCUACACCAUUCUAAUUACAUGUCCAUGGUACUGUAUUUCCAAAGAAUAAAGUUUAACCUAGUUGUCAGCACCAUAGAAACUCUACCAUCCUCCACAUGUCCCUAAACGACUCACUCUCCAGACAUUCUUUGCUAGUUUCUGUGAAUUACCUUUAACAACAAAAUGCUUCAUUUUUGGCUCAUUCAAACCAGUUCAGCGAAUAUGUUUCAUUGUCAUCUGUGAGGUUGUGAGGUGUUCACACACAAUCAAAACACCUGAAGGUUAACCAUCAUCAAAGUAAAAAAUGCUUUCAGACAUUGCACAGCCUGCAUCUUCCCUCACCUCCCAAACUACACUCAGGUUUUCUGUUUGAGGUGCGAGUAAGAAAAGAAAAAAAUGUUGGGUGAUGUAAAAAGGGAUAACAGCUUCUCUGAUUGAGACAAUUGCUAGGGAAGCAAAUUAAGGAAACAAUGGAUUUACUGGUGUUUAAAGUUUUUAGAAAGAGUGCAAGAAAAAUAAAGUUGUGCACAAGAAUGGCUUUAGGGAGAGGUGAUGCCAUUGAGAUGGUUGUGCUGAGUGCAGGAGGCACAAUCAUUGAACAAUUAAUGAUUGUCGGAGCAUUUGAUAGAGAUCACAGAUGAAGUUAAUGGCCUGGAGAAUAAAUGCUCUCUUUGAGAGAAACUGAAAGCUAACAUUUAAAGGACAAAGAUGAAUUACUGUGAUGGUUGUUUCCAUGUACUUCACGAAUUUCACCUUUUGGAAAGAAAUUGGGCUGUCAAGUGUAGCCUGGAGAGUAAAGACAGGUUAAUGAGAACAGGUGAGCAAAGACCUGACAACUGGUUCUAAUAGUAAGAAAGUAAAACCUGGUAGAUGGAAUCAUGGUUGGAGCAACAUCUUCAGAAGUGUGUUGAGAAAGAAGAAUGGUUUGAUUGUUUCUGACAGACAUUGACACAUGUCAAAAAAUUAAGAAAUUUGGUAGAGUUUGGAAGAGUUAGAGAACUAUAUUCACUGCCUACUUUGCCUUGUUAGAAUAUUGUAGAAUAAAUAAUUGGUGGAGUUGGGAUGAGAUAAAAAUCUGUAUUUGCUGCUUGCUUUGCUUCGAAUUCUACACUGCAUAGGCAUAAAACAAAACCCCUCCCUGUUGACACCCCCCCCCCUCACACCUGCCUCAUGUUCGCACAACUGUAAACCCCAACAAUGUGACCAAGCUCAACAAUGUUCCUUUUUUCUAUGACCUUCAAGCACUGCACUCCUCAGCUAGCUCCUAGUUUUUUUUUUUGUCUUUUUUUUUCAAACCCUUCAGUCAAUUUUUUUACAGGAAUAUAUUUGUUAUUGAUGUAUUUCCCAUGUGAAGUUCUUCACCAUCAUUAAACUAGAGCUAAAAAGAACUUUUAUUUUAGUGUUGGUUACUCUAUAAGCAUUAACUGUUUAACAUUCAGAUUACUCACUCAAAUUGAAAGGUUUAUUCAUUCACAUUGUUCUGAAUUAACUGAUUAAAUACCAACCUGAUUAAAAACCAACCUAUUUGGUUCUGUUAUACAAUCUUCCCCCUUUUUAAAAUGGUCUAAAUUUCAUCAAAAUUUCCUUUAACCCUUUAGCAUUUAAACUGGCAGUGAAUAAAACAGAAGCAGGGUUAUAAAAUGGUUAAUCAUGCAUUAUCUUGAUGAUGGGAUUGUUUAUUUUUAGAACAACAUUGUAGGGAAGGUGUGAGAGGCUGGAUAUGGCCAGUUUAAAUGCUGAAGGGUUGAAUUUUUCUCUGAACACCUUUUUACUGUAUUUUACCCUGGUUAUUCAAUGCUCAAAUAAAAAUAUAUUUAUAUAUAUAUAAUCACUAUAUUGAGGGUGUCAUGAAAGAACAAAAAUAUUUCUGCUACUCUUUGGUAAACCGCAGAAGCACUUGAUACUUUUUGCUACAUAGAGAAUAGACUUCGAUGAAGAGAGUUCAAAUGAAACAUUUAAACUGAAGCUAAAAUGUAAAUGUCUUUUUAUAAAUAAAACUGAUUCUUCAGAAUUUGUCUACUAA